AUGAUCAACUUCGCGGACGACACCACCCUCAUUGGACUCAUCUCCAACAACGAUGAGUCCGCCUACAGGAGGGAGGUGGACCGGCUGGUGUCCUGGUGCAGUGGUAACAACCUGGAGCUGAACGCCCAGAAGACAGUGGAGAUGAUUGUGGACUUCAGGAAGAGCGCUGUCCCCCCGCCUCCACCCUCCGUGAUGGACUCCCCCAUCACCUCUGUGGAGUCCUUCCGUUUCCUGGGCACAACCAUCACCCAGGACCUCAAGUGGGAGCCGACCAUCAGCUCCCUCAUCAAGAAGGCCCAGCAGAGGAUGUACUUCCUGCGGCAGCUCAGGAAAGCCAAGCUGCAGUUCUACACGGCCAUCAUCGAGUCCAUCCUCACCUCCUCCAUCACCUCCUCCAUCACCGUGUGGUUCGCUGGAGCCACAGUCAGGGACAAACAGAGACUACAGCGCAUUGUGCGCUCUGCAGAGGAAGUGAUCGGCCGCAGCCUUCCAUCGCUGCAGGACCUGUACGUCGCCCGAGCUCGAGGAGAUACUUUCACUCUGAUCGACAAGGAAUCCACGAGAGAUCCAACAAACUCAACUCAAAGCGCAAAGAGAACAGGUUCCAGAAUGACUUUGGGGUUCAUUGUUUUGAGCCUUCUGCUGCUGCCGACAGCAGUGACGGCGUUUCGUGUGGACCGAGAAAUCACAUACAAUCACCAGGAGAUUACAAAGAGAGCAAUCUUAGAAGUCACGUUAGAAGUGUGUCGCAGUGUGGCCGAGUCCAAUGGAAAAGCCUUCACUUUCCCAACCAAGCCCUACAUUGUGGAGAGCGUGGCGGCAGCGUGUGACAUUAUGGACGGACUCAAGGCGUUCCACGAAAGCGUGAAGUCGAUCCUGAAUGUCAACAUUAAACUGGACAAAAGCGGACAGUUUGAAUCCAGCGGCCAUCACUUUCACAACGAGAUGUUCAACGCAGGACGUGACAUCAUCGCGGCGGGAUUAACAGCGGUGAAGGCCAACAACAAGAAAGGGAACGUGGAGACGGCCAAGCAGCAGCUGGGGAAAAUCACCCACACUCUGCAGGAUUUCUACAGUAACAGCAACUGGAUAGAACUCGGCAUGACAAGUCCAAAUGCUGAACUGCUGAAUGGAAAUGGCAACGUAGGAACUGUGGCAGCUCUGUCACAGGCCACAUGCAGAAACUGUAUUGGACAAUGUACCAACAACAUCUUAAACAACAUCAUCAGAGAUAAAAUCCUCACCUCCGGCUACUACACUGUGGCACCGGAUACCUCCAAACCCGCAGGAAAGUGCAGCAAUGGAAGCCCUAUGGAUGCUUCAAGGACAGUGAGCCCUACCGGAGGCAUCAACAAGGACACACCAGUUUCCAGUCACGGUCACCUCCACGAAGAAGCCGCAAACAUGGCUAUUUCGGCCACCGUCCAGCUCCUACAGGAUAUCCGAGCAGCAAGCGGAGAUGAAAACUUUUUACGGAUGAUUGGAGCCACGUCUGGGAAGCCUCUGGUCUUUGCCAUUGACACCACCGCUAGCAUGACGCAGGAUAUCAAGGCAGUGCAAGUUAUGACCGACACCAUUAUAAGCAACUCCAAAGCCGGGCUACAAGCAGAGCCUUCGGUGUACGUUCUGGUCACUUUCCACGACCCAGACCCCGCAACCAUUUUCAAAACUACAGAUUCUAAGGCGUUCACGGAUAAGCUUGCUGAGUUGGUUGCGUCUGGUGGUGGCGAUAGAGAUGAAAACUCUCUCACAGGCCUGGAGGUGGCUCUGACAGGUGCUCCUCCUGGUUCAGACAUAUUUAUGUUCACCGAUGCUGGCGCCAAAGAUAAAAGCAAGAAAGACAGUGUCAUGGCGUUGCUUGAGCAGACCAAGUCCACGGUGAACAUUGUGUUGACUGGGAACUUCGUGGAUGUGACGGAGUACAAAGCCAUAACUCAAGCUUCAGGCGGACAGUUGCUCUCGGUGCCAGUGAGCGACCUGGGAAAAGCCGCCGACCUCGUGUUUGACUCGUCCUCGGCCUCUUCUAUGGUCACACUUUUGGAUGAAACUAGAGAAUCAGGAAAGUCUGAAAACUUUACUUUCAUCAUGGACGAGACGACCAAAGACGUAAUGGUUUACGUCACUGGACCAGUCACUAGUGUCGAGUUUGUCGAUCCAUCAGGAGAUAAAACAGGAGAUGUAGUCGACACAAGUUCGAUCGUGGGAAACUUCAGAAGAAUCCACUUGAAAGAAGAAGUUGGAGAAUGGCAAAUGAGAGUAAAGUCUAAUUUCCCGUACACCGCCAAGAUUGUCGGGGACAGUCCAUUGGAUUUCAUCUACAAUAUCAUGGGACCAGCUCAGGGUCCUCUCGGAGGCACAGUUGCUCAAACCAAUCGUCCCAAAGCAGGCGAGAAAGCUAACGUGGAGCUGACACUGAUUGGGAGCGAGACUGCGACAGUGACCGAGGUGUUGCUGCUAACUCCAAAUGGAACUGUUGAAGGCAAAGUCACCAGUUUGGGGAACAAAGAAUACUCAGUGGAGUUUGAUCCGAUGCCAGCGGGAGAGAGUCGUCUGCUCGUGAAGGGAAAGACAGGCCAGGGCUCUUCCAAAACCUUUCAGCGACUUUCACCUGCAAAAAUCAUGACCUCCUCCAUCUCUGUGAUUGCUGAAGAGUCGAGCGGCCUGAUUGAACCCGGCGCGUCAGUAAAAAUGCCGUUCACCAUCUCCAGCCCCAAAAAAGGAGCCUACACGAUAAAGGCGUCCAACAACAAAGGGUUCCCCAUGACUUUCCCGACGCGGCUGGAGAUGGUCGGAAGCAGCAUCGGAGGCGAAGUCGUCCUCUCUGCCCCGAGUCUGGCUCAGUCCGGCUCCGAGGUCACCGUCACCAUCUCCGUGGAAGACGAAGGGAAAACAGAGAUGAACUACGCCAUCAGCAGCUUCACCGUGCAGAGAAAGGUAACAGACUUCACCAAACCAGUCUGUGAGAAGAUCAGUCAGACCAGCUGCCCCGAGAGCUGCUCCUCCUCCACGUGGGAGGUCAAAGUCCGAGUCACAGACGGCGAAGGCCUGGUGACCACCUCCCUCGCUCUGGGCAACGGGACCAUGACUCAUUUGCCGGGGUCAGACACGGUCACCUGCGUCACGUCCUGCUGUACGAAGGAAGUGGAGAUAGUGGCGGUGGAUAGCGUAGAGCCGACCCAAGCGGGUGUGGAGAACGUGCUUAUCCUGACCGAUGUGUUCAGCAAGUACACACUGGCCGUCCCCACUCACGAUCAGCGCGCCUCCACUGUGGCGCAGCCUUUUGAACUGUUGCUGCCUUCACUCUGUCGUCUUCAUUUUCUCUUCUUUCUCUGUGUUUCUCUCCACCACCUCCUCCUCUCCUGCCACUUCUCCUCUCCUUGUCCUCCUCUUUGUCUUCUUCAUCUUUCUCUUCUUCUCCUCUCCCCCAACUUCUUCCUCCUUCCCUCCUCAUCCCCUCUCCCCCUCUCCUCGUUUUCUUACACCUCUCUCCCCUUCCUGUCUCCUCGUUCUCCUCUCUCUCCUCCUCCUCUCCCUCUUUCUCUUCUUCCUCUCCCUCCUUGUUCUCCUCCUCUGCCUCUUCUCCUCAUUCUCCUCUCUCUCCUCCUCCUCUCCCUCUUUCUCUUCUUCCUCUCCCUCCUUGUUCUCCUCCUCUGCCUCUUCUCCUCGUUCUCCUCUCUCUCCUCCUCUCCUCCAUUCUUCUCCCCCUCAUUCCCAUUCCCCCUUCCUCCUCCUCUCUCUCACCCUCCCCUCCCUUUUUCUCUUCUCACUUCUUUUCUUCUCCACCUCCUUCCCCCUCCGCUUUCUCCUCUUCUUCUCCCUCAUUCUCCUCUCUCUCCUUCUCUCCCUCGUUCUACUCUACCUCCUGUCUCUCCCCCUCCUAUUUCUCCUCUCUCUCCUUCUUUUCUCCUCCUUCUACCCCCCACUCCCUGGUUCUCCUUCUCCUCUCCCGCCUCCUCCUCCUCUCUCUCCCCCUCCUUUUUCUCCUCUCUCUCUCCUUCUCUUCCCCUUUUUCUCUCUCCUUCUCCUCUCCUCUUCCCACCCCCUCCUCUUCCUCCCUCCCCUCCUCCCCCUCAGCCCCAGUUGCUGGAGCGCCUCCUGGAGGAGCUGCAGAACCUGAAGGCCACAGUGGUGUCUCAGGAGAAGAGAAUCUGUGAGCUGGAGAAUAAGUUGUCGCAGUACACAAACGGCACGGCUUAA